CUCUUUCUUCUCUGUCUUUUUACUAUUUCUCUCCGCAGAACUCAACGGCGCUAAUUAACCUUAAUGUCAUAAAGUAUUCACUCUAUAAGUACACGCGUCCACACUCUUUUCUCUUUGCUAAGAAUCCCAGAAAAGAAAAUUCAUUCUCGUCUUCUCUCGCAGUUUCCCAUGUUCCAAACAGCACCGCCUUGAAUAAUACACUUCGUUUUAUAUUCACACUGUUCACUGAUCACAACCCAACAUGGCCCUUAAUUCAACUGACCUGAAAGAAGUGAUUGUGAGCAUGGACGGCUUCGAUGACAGUGGUGUUAAAGUGAUGUUGAAUAACAGAGGAGGAGGAGGACGAGGAGGAGGGGGGAUUUGGAGGGAAUCAAGCUAUGAUUUCUUGAAUGAUGCAAAUAAAAAAGAUAAGCGACGUGUUAUUAAUGGAGACGACGACGACGACGACGACGACAACAACAACAACAACAACAACAGUGAUGGAAAUGGAAGUCACGAAUUUGAUUUUAAAGGUCAUCAGAACAUUAACAGUAACAAUGGUGUUACUGUUAGUGCUAGUGGUAGCGGUUCAUCGAAGGAGGAAGAAGAUCCACCCUCGAAGCUGAUUGGUCAGUUCUUGCACAAACAGAAAGCAUCGGGUGAGUUUUGUUUAGAUAUGGACUCUGAGAUGAUGACUCAUCUCCAGGACGACGCUGUUGUUUUUCAUAAGAGUUUAGCUCCGGUUUCUGAAUCUCCUACUGCUAUUAUGAAUCGGGUCUCUUUCGACCCGAACCCACCAGGGUCAAGUGAAUCAGUGAGGAGGAGAAGGGAUUUUAAAGAUUCUUCUCCAACUAAAGAAAGUAACGGUGGUACUGAUGAUGGUGAGAUUUUGAAGUGUAGUUCUAGAAACCACAGGUCUUUUUCGAGUAAUCCCUCGUUUAAGAGGAAGUCUACUUUGUUGAAGGACAGGCCAAAGUCUAGAUUGAUGGACCCGCCACCGCAGCCGCCGGAGAAGUCGGGAAGAGUGGCAGUUGGGAGGUCGGGGCUGUUAAAGUCUGGAUUUUUAGGGAAAGGGAGUGUUGUUGAUGAAGAGGAAGAUGACCCUUUAUUGGAAGAGGAUUUGCCCGAAGAGUAUAAAAAAGAUAGGCUUGAUAUUUGGAUUUUACUUGAAUGGGUGAGUUUGAUUAUUAUUAUUGCUGCUUUAGUUUGUAGUCUUGCAAUUCCAUAUUUGAGAGAGAAGGAUUUUUGGAGACUUAGGUUGUGGAAAUGGGAAGUUUUUGUUUUAGUUUUGAUUUGUGGGAGGUUGGUUUCAGGUUGGGUUAUUAGGAUCAUCGUGUUUUUCAUUGAGAGAAACUUUCUCUUGCGGAAACGGGUUUUGUAUUUUGUUUAUGGAGUUAGGAAAGCUGUGCAAAAUUGUUUGUGGUUAGGGCUUGUUUUGAUUGCCUGGCACUGCUUGUUUGACAAGAAAGUUGAGAGGGAAACUCGGAGUGACAAACUUAGAUAUGUGACUAAGGUUCUGGUCUGUUUAGUUGUGGGUACCUUGUUGUGGUUGGUGAAGACCUUAGUGGUUAAAGUUCUUGCAUCUUCAUUUCAUGUGAGCACUUACUUUGAUCGGAUCCAGGAGUCGUUGUUUAAUCAAUAUGUGAUUGAAACCCUAUCUGGUCCCCCAUUGGUUGAAAUGAGAAGGAAUGAGGAAGAGGAAGAGAGACUUCUGGCAGAAGUACAAAAGUUGCAGAAUGCAGGUGCCACCGUGCCCCCCGGCCUUAAGGCAACUGCGAGCCUUUCACCACCACAGAGUGCAAAGGUUAUCGGAAGUGGAAGGCUCCAGAAAAGCCCUCGAAUAGGUACCCCCAAGCUCUCUCGUUCUCUUUCUAACAAAUUUGACGAGGGAGAUGAGGGUAUAACGAUCGACCACUUGCACAAAUUGAAUCCUAAGAAUGUUUCUGCUUGGAAUAUGAAGAGGCUGAUGAAUAUAAUUCGACAUGGAGCUCUGUCCACGCUGGAUGAGAAGAUACAAAAUUCUAAUGACGGUGAUGAAGAGUCUGCUACAAAGAUUAGAAGUGAAAUUGAAGCGAAGGCUGCAGCAAGGAAAAUAUUCCAGAAUGUGGCUAGGCCAGGGUGUCGGUAUAUCUACUUGGAUGACAUCACGCGUUUCAUGCAAGAUGAUGAGGCUGCAAAGACCAUGAGCCUCUUUGAGGGAGCAUCUGAAAGCAAAAAAAUCAGCAAAAAAUGUUUGAAAAACUGGGUGGUUAAUGCUUUCAGAGAACGGAGAGCACUUGCUUUGACACUGAAUGACACAAAAACUGCUGUUAACAAACUGCAUCGUAUGGUGAACAUUAUGGUUGGGAUUGUUAUAGCAGUUAUUUGGCUUCUUAUACUAGGAAUUGCUACUAGCAAGUUUCUCCUCUUUCUAAGUUCACAACUUCUCCUUGUGGCGUUCAUAUUUGGAAACACCUGCAAAACUGUGUUUGAGUCUAUUAUUUUCCUGUUUGUAAUCCAUCCAUUUGAUGUGGGCGAUCGCUGUGAAGUUGAUGGAGUUCAGAUGGUGGUUGAAGAGAUGAACAUUUUAACUACUGUCUUUUUAAGAUUUGACAACCAGAAGAUAAUAAUUACAAACAGUGUUCUUGCUACCAAAGCGAUUGGUAACUACUACCGUAGCCCAGAUAUGGGAGAUGCAGUUGAGUUCCUCAUCCACCUAGCUACCCCAGCUGAAAAGAUUGUCAUUGUGAAACAAAGAAUAAACAGCUAUAUUGAGAACAAAAAGGACCACUGGUAUCCUUCCCCCAUGAUUAUAUUCAAGGAUGCAGAAGACUUGACCAGGGUACGGAUAGCAGUUUGGUUGACUCAUAGGAUGAACCACCAAGACAUGGGGGAGAGGUUUGUAAGAAGAUCUCUCUUGCUGGAUGAGAUGAUGAGAAUUUUCAGGGAGCUCGACAUGCAAUAUCGCCUUCUUCCUCUUGACAUCAAUGUUCGUGCCUUGCCACCUGUCACCUCUGACCGCCUUCCUGCCAAUUGGACCAGCUGAAGGAUGAAACAAAGAAAGCAGAUAUCGUACAUUCACUGGCCACUCCUGCCACUUAUAUCUCCUUUUGAAAACAGUCCCCAUUAAAAUGAAAUUGUCGGCUCUAGUAUUUAUCCUGGAGGAUGAGAAGACUAUAGUACACGAACUGUUCAGAACUGUAUGCCAAUUCUUAUUGUUAUAUAAUCAACUACUGUAGCGUCGUUGAAUUUCU